GCGCUGCAGUCGGGCUGUGGGGCUGUCCCGUUCACCACGUCCCGGGGUCCACCACUGGGUGGCUCAGCCUCUGGCACUGCUGCCUUGAAGGCUGAGGUGCGUUGAGCGGCCGCCUCUGCCCGCUCCGCCUGGGGGAAGGGCAGGAUGCUCGCGGCCCCAAGGCCGGCACCUCGCGGGUGACACGGAGCAGCUCUUGGCUGUCACCGCGCGGCGCUGGCGGCGGCUGCUCCGUUCCACAGCGGCGUCUGGAGGGGAGCGGGCGGACUGAGCGCCGCUCUCCUGCCGGCUUGGCCAUGGCUGAGCGCGGCUCGGCCCGCUCCGCCGUAGCCUGCGGUGGGGUCCCCGGACCCCGGGAGGUGCUGGCGCCUGCCCCGCUCGGCAGCCUCGGCAGAAAUUGCCUUUGCAAAAUGAGCCAGCUUCCUCCGGAGAGUCUUUUGGCAUCCCCAGUGCCAGAGGGCACAAAUCCCAGGGUAGAGUCUUCAGACAACUUGUCAAUGGACAGUUUUUGGCUGGAAGUAGAGAACAUUAAACAGAGUGCUGAAGCAGAGCAAGAGGAAUGCAGCCUUGCAGAUGUCAAAGCACAAGAAGAGGGAGAGGCUGAAGCCGAGUGGCUCCAGGAUGCAGGUCUGUCCAACCUCCUUGGGGACUGUGCCUCUGAGCAUGACAACAUCGUGCUGCUCUCCACCCUGACCAAGACUCAGGCUGCUGCUGUGCAGCGGCGGUUGGAUACCUAUUCCCGGUCUCGAAGGAGGAACAAGCAUCCUGUGCGUGAUGUCAGAGACAUUUUUGGAGUGGUCAGCUCAGAGGUGACAGUGACAGAGAAAAAAGAAUCCAGGCCAGAUCAGCUGUGGCACAAUCGACAGACUUCCAACGUACACAGAACAGAAACCCAGGAGUACUCCUGUACGGUUCGGAACCCUGGAAAAGAAGAGAUUUUCAACAUGGAUGUUGCCUACUCAGAGCAAGCAGCUGUCCUGCUCAAGGGAUCAUUCCUGUCUGAAUCUACAAAGUUAAAGGAUGGCAAUGCCCUAACUAAAUUUAAGAUCUCUAAGGGCAGACUUGGAGUGACCAGGAUUGGAGAUCUGUCUGCUCAGGACAUGAAGAAGAUCCCCACGCUGGCCCUUAUUGAACUAACAGCUCUCUGUGAUAUCCUGGGCUUUGAGCUGAAGAGAAACAAAGUAGCAAAGCUGAAAACAGCAGAGAAAAGACUCUUUGGAGUUCCACUCAACACCUUAUUGGAAAAUGACCAAAAACUGCUCCCCAACACCAAGAUUCCUCUGUUACUCCAGGCACUGCUGUCCUGCUUGGAAAAGAGAGGACUUGAAACAGAGGGCAUUUUGAGAGUUUCUGGGUCCCAGACGAGGAUCAAGAGUCUGGAACAGAAGCUAGAAAGGGAUUUCUAUACUGGCCUUUUCCACUGGGAUGAAGUCCACCAGAAUGAUGUGUCUGGGCUACUGAAAAGAUUCAUAAGAGAGCUGCCAGCCCCACUGCUGACAGCAGAGUACCUCCCUGCUUUUGCUGCUGUACAAAAUAUUCCAGAUCUGAAGCAAAGAUUGCAAGCUCUAAACCUUCUGAUCCUGAUUUUGCCAGAGCCCAACAGAAACACUCUAAAGGCUCUACUUGAGUUCCUCAGCAAAGUGGUUUCCAGGGAGAACAACAACAAAAUGAACCUCUGGAACGUUUCCACAGUCAUGGCCCCAAACCUCUUCAUGCACAAGGGACUGCCAAACAAGAUCCCUGAAGGGAAAGAGAAGCAGCUGGCUGAGGGAGCUGCUGAUAUCGUGCGGAUGAUGAUCCAUUACCAGGAUUUGCUUUGGACAGUCUCCUCUUUUCUGGUAGCGCAAGUGAGAAAGCUGAACGAGAGCAAUAGCAAAAGGUACCAGUUCUGUGACAAGCGAAUUAAACAUUUGUUGCGGAAGAUUCAUGCUGAUAAGGGCAAGGUGGAAAAGAACCAGGCAGAGCCUUCCAAGAUUGUGAAAGUCCAUGCUUCACUUCUCCUGAAGGAUUCACUAGAAGUGCACUUGAACAAUGCAACCAGAGUUGCUGAUGUCUUGAGGCAGUUUCAGAAGAGCAUGUGCCAGCAUGGCUGGAAUAUUGUGAACACUGUCAACCUCCUCAAGUGUAACAACUCAAUGGAGUGCACAAACUUGCUCCUGUAUGAAGUGGGAGGCAAUAUUGGUGAACAUUGCCUGGACCCAGACGCUUACCUCUUAGAUUUGUACCACAUCAAUCCCCAUGCUGAGUGGAUAAUUAAGCAAAAUCCAUCUUAUCCUUGGGUGUUUUAAGGAAAGUGUGGGCAAAAUGAAGCAUUCUACUGAAGUUUUGGAAGGCAUGGAAAAGCCAUAGAGAUGUUCCUGAUAUAGUCACAGACUGGACAAUGCUUGUGUCUUUGAAGAAAAACAGCUUUAUUUACUAGUUCCAUGACAGCUGGCUGUGAAAGUACCCUACCCUAUGUGCUACAGGGGUGUCGAUAAUGAGCAGCAAUUAUCUUCAUGUAGCAGGGUUUGCAGGAGGUAUGACUAUUUUAAACAAAAUAUCCCCCCCAACAAACUCUGCAAAGAAAGCUACAGUGAUUGUGCAGCAAGGAUGGAACAGAAGAAACGACCUCUUGAAGAUGGUAGAAGUAAUCUGUUUCUUCUGGAUUUGCUCUUUCUUUUGAUCACACCCACACUUUAGAGGAGAGGGUCAAAUGCUGCAGCAGUACUAAUGACAUCCCAUAGGUGAGAGCCACUGUCAACUGUUGCAUGUCUCCAGAAAAAGUUGUGAGCCUGGGUUUCACUAAUAAGAUACUCUUGCAUUCUUUGAAGAAUGAAAAAGGAUGUUUCCAAAACAGCCAGAGGGGAUGUGAAGCCAACAUCCUGUAUUUAACAGCUACCAUUCAAUACAUCUAUGCAACCCAAGAAAACAACUUUCCUUGGAAAAAAGUAUGGGAUGGACAGCAGCCUUUGAAAUGUACAGUGUGCAUGAUAGAAGGUGCCUGUCCCAUAGUGCUCUGCUGGUAAUGCAAAAACAGACGUAUAGGUUGCCACUGAUGAGGAUAAACCAUCGCAUUUAUUUUGAUGCACAACCUAUAUAUUAAUAGACAACCAAGGAAAUAUUCUGAGGUAAUUGGAGGUCAGUAAUCUGACCUGGCCACAGAAACUGAACUUCUUUUUGGAAGACUGUCUGUGAACAUGUCUGUUUAAAAACAAAUCAAAGAACCCCUAAGAUGUGCAGUGGCUGAACAAAGAGCUCCGUGCUUGUACCUGGUUGCACAGUGGUUACUGAAUUGAGCCUUCACCACUGUGAGGGCAGGUUUUUAUCCCACACACUAUAGUGAUCUCUGUGGUCUGGAGAGAUGAGAGCAGAGCAGAAUGCUUGCAGCUCACAUCACUGCAUAACCAUAGCACGACCUCAAAUCAGACUGCACUUGUGGAAGAGGUGUGCAGAAGUGUUGUUUUCCUUUGUGGUGAUGCUGAAAUACCUCACGAGAGGAAACCUACUAUGCAGUGCCAGGGGAUGGAACAUGCACCAUCUCUGAAAAUCACAUCUUUUUUUUUUAUAUACUGUUUUUAAGUACCGUUGGAUAUUUAUUCACAUGGCAGAAGCAGGGCUGCCCUGCACUCAAAAUAUUUCCUUUGUCAGAUCCUAGCUGCACUGGUGACAAUUUCCAGUAUUAGUUCUUUUGUUAAAUGAUUUUUUUUUCCAUUGCAGUCUGGACCUCCCCUCCCAGGUUGAGGUAUAGCUACCCUUGUUCAUUAACUCAAAACCUCAGUUUCUACUAUAAGGGAACCUCAUUUUGUAGUUUGCCUGUCUGUGUGGUUAAAUUCUCUUGAUGGUUGAGGAACAGGUGAGCCAUAACCCAUAUUCUUCCUUACCUGUUGUGAAUGUUGUGUGAGUGACUGAUGUCUUGAAAUGAUGCAUAUAUUAAAGUGUUAGUCUACUUUUUUUCAGUUGAGGUGAUGCAGAUGGCACUGAGUGCUGAGAUCCUUUUCAUAGCUCUCUUUUUAAGUACCUGUAAUAGAAACUUGCAAAGAACCCACCUCCCAGCCCAGAGCCCCAGUGUGAAGGCUUCUUGAGGUGCCUCUGUUUUACAGGGCUGAAAUUGUGCCCAGAAGGACCUGAUUCCUGUCCCUGAGGAUGGCUGAUUUGUGUCUCUUGAAAGACCAAGCUGUUUUAAAAUCAGGCAUUAAAAAUCAGGCAUAAAAAUCGAUGGUACCUGUUCACUCAUCACUUGUGGAAGUCUUUGUUGUAGUGAUGGAGCUUGGCAAAGAGUGAAUGCCAGAGAUGUGAUAUUGUAAGAAAUACCCAACUCAUAAAGGUAUCAGUGUAAGCUCAAAGAUCUUUCAUAAGCUAAAUUACAUCCUUGUAAAUUACGUAACACUGUAUUUUCUUAUACACCUCAUAUGCUGGAUGUUCUAAGCAAACUGGCUUCCAGUGCGCAUGAAGGGGAAACACUACAUCACCACUGCUGUAAACAACAAAUGAGUGGGAUUUCUUUUCAACACCAAACAAUGUGAAUCAGCGCUGUGAAAAACAGGUUGGUGGGAGGUUCUCACAAGACAAAUAUCAGUUCUCAAACAUGGAAGGAAAUGUAAAAAAGAAAAAAACGAUCUCUUUCCAGAUGAUGGAUAUGCUUUUUUAUUUUCGUUUCCUAUCUUUGUACCAAAAAGUAAAUAUGAAUUUUUCAGUCACUGAUGUGCAGCCUACUUCUGAAUGCUGGCUUUUAAUAACUGUUUUACAAUUUUUUAAUGCUUUAUUUAAAAUCCAUUUAUUAAGUGAAACAAUAAAUA